CCCAACAGUAAAAAGAAGAGACUUGACCUCUCAUAUAACAUACUCUUAUUGGUUCUACUUCUACUAAUACCUCUACUUUUGCCUACUUCUUCACUUGUCUGUUCCAACAUUCUCUCUCUCUCUCAAUGGCUUUUCCUUCCUCCUUUCUCUUCUUUUUCUUCAUCACCAUCCUUCUAUCUCUGUCCCCUGCUUUCUCCACAAAUUCUGAAGGAAAUGCUCUACAUGCUUUGAGAAGCAGACUUUCUGACCCCACAAAUGUUCUACAAAGCUGGGACCCUACUCUUGUUAAUCCUUGUACCUGGUUUCAUAUCACCUGCGACUCCAAUAAUCAUGUUAUUCGCCUGGAUUUGGGCAAUACUAAUAUUUCUGGAACAUUAGGACCAGAGCUUGGUGAACUCAAGAAUCUACAGUACCUGGAGCUUUAUAGGAAUAACAUUGGAGGCAAAAUCCCAAAGGAAUUGGGUAAUUUGGAAAAUCUUAUUAGCAUGGACCUAUAUGGCAAUAGAUUUGAAGGCAACAUUCCUAAGUCUUUUGCUAAAUUGAAGUCUCUUAGAUUUUUGCGGUUAAACGACAACAAGCUAACUGGUUCGAUUCCAAGGGAACUCACCACCCUCCCCAACCUUAAAGUAUUUGAUGUUUCUAAUAAUGAUCUUUGUGGAACAAUCCCUGUUGAUGGCCCCUUUGGAAGCUUUCCUAUGGAAGGUUUUGCGCACAACAGACUCAACGGACCUGAGCUGAAAGGACUAGCUCCCUAUGACUUUGGAUGCAAAUAAUUCAAAAUAUAGUUUGACAAAAGCCAUCCUAAGGUUGCUUUAUGAUGUCACAACAUACCUACUAUAUUUUCUGUAUUGUAUAUGUAGUUUGACAGUUUUGCCGAGGUUUGAAACCUCAUGUUCAAUGCAGUUCAUGUUAGCACCAGCUAGCAUAUAAAGGUUCUUUAAAAACCAUCGCUAGAGCUUACCUUCACCCAUAACUUGAAAGCACAAAAUGCACUGUCUAGCUGAGUACUGAACUUGUUACAUCAAAUGAUAGAUGGUUUUGAAGUAAAA